UGUAUUAAUUGGAAAUGAUAUAUGAGAUAUCAUAUUUCCUUGAUAUUGGACAGACAAAAACAUGAGCGCUAUGGAAUUUAAAACAUUUUUCGUGAAAGUGACAUGUCUUUUGUUUUUGAGCAGGGAAAUCUUAUGUUUAUUGAACAGAAAAGAUCCGAAUGUGUGUGAAAUAUAUGCUUCUGGGGGUGAUGACAUCUCGGAAGCAUAUACAGUGGAAUGCUGUCUCAAUUACUAUGAAGAGGACGACAUCUGCAAACCCUGUAGACCCGGAAAGUUUGGACGUCAAUGUUCGGAAACAUGCAUAUAUGGAUAUUUCGGCAUUCAGUGUAAAGGUGUAUGUAACUGUACCCGACAUGAAGGUUGUUAUCCGGUGGAAGGGUGUAAAUGUAUAGACUUCACGGGGAAAAACUGUAAAUAUACAUGUCCAGAAGGAUAUUACGGAGAAAACUGUGUAAAUGUCUGCCAUUGUUUACGUGGAAUAAGUUGUGACUCUGUAACAGGAAGUUGCCUCUGUCCUGCUGGAUUAACGGGUCCUACAUGUUCCACAAAAUGUUCUAAGGGCAUUUAUGGAGAAAAUUGCUCUUUCAAUUGUUCUUGUCCAACUUAUUCUGUCUGUGACAGUGUAAGUGGUAAUUGUUCAUGCAGUCCUGGUUUUACAGGUGAAACCUGCGCCAAAAGAUGUCCCAGUGAUUUUUUUGGACAGAACUGUUCUCAAAGAUGUCAAUGUGUAAAUGGUCUGUCAUGCCAUCCAGUUCAUGGAACGUGCCGAUGCCAAAACGGUACCCACGAUUGCGACAAACCGAAUCUUAGUAGCAGAAGUUCUAUCACACUUGUAAUAGCAAUAUCAUGUUCUGGAGGAUCUUUGAUAAUUGUUUGCUCAAUUAUCCUAACUGUCUGUUUUUUAAAGAGGAAGCAUGCUAAAAAAAGUGUUAAAACACAAUCAGGGAGACCGUUACCUGACAUUUAUCAUUAUGAUGAAAUAAAUCCUUACGACGAAAUUCCUCUGGAAGACUUGCCAGUAGCUUCAGAUAUUUCUGAUAUUGCACCAUUACAAGUCCGUAGAUUAUCUUUACCACAUGCAAAUGGACAAAUGAAUAAUCGCACACGUAACGAGGAGAGCAGAGGAUAUAUAUCUCUUCCAAAUUUAAGGAACGACAGAACAUAUUUCACUCCUUACAAUUCUUUGCAAUCUGUUAUAAUUCAUUUGAGAAACAAUUCGACUGAACAAUCUUUGCGACGAGUAGGUAGUGAACAUAGUGGAUAUGUACAUCCAUACCAUGCACUCCGUUUUCCGUUUGAUCGUCAAAAAUACACAAGCUUUAAAAAAAGAGAUAGUGUAUAGAAUGUCAUAUGAAGAAAUAGGAGGUUCGGUUGGAGUCAUUGAAAUCUCUUAAAAGAAAAAUAUAGUUUUUGCCUGAGGCUGAUACAAAGGUCGAUUGAUGCAUGCACACUAGGAGACGAUCAAUACACCGAGACACAUAACAACGCUGCAUUAGGAGUCCAUGCGAUAUCCUCAGAUUGCUUACUGAAAUUGUAAAUUCUAUACUGAUUUUCGAUAUUUGAACAUAGGGUAACAUCUUUUUCCUCUUAUUUGCGUAAGUUAAGUAGUAGAAUAUACGGUGCGGAAGCAUGUAAGCAAAAGGCAAGGUCUUCAUGCAUCAUCCGCAACGAUCAAGACAACAUGUCUUUUUUGAUAACUGAGAUACGAUCCAUCAUAUAUUUUAGACCAUUCCUUCCGGUAAAUCUAAAUUUAAUAUCCGGUAGGCCUUUUCCUAAGACUUAUAAGUACAGUUCUCCUGAUUAAUGUUUGGUUGUCUUGGCUGUAAUUGAAUCAUGGCCUAUAUUUAUUUUGCAAGAUAGUAAGGGUAAUCGUACCAAUGUUGUGAUUAGAUCUCUGAAUAUAGUUUACAUUGGCACUAAUAUCGAUUCUGUCAUUAGCAAAUUAAAACAUAACUAAAUUUGUAUUUUCUUUUCAAACGGGAUGUAUAGAGACACUCACACGUUCAUUUUUAUCUAUAAAGAAGUCACUCCUACCGAUUUUGUCAUUAGCAAAUUAAAACAUAACUAAAUUUGUAUUUUCUUUUCAAACGGGAUGUAUAGAGACACACACACGUUCAUUUUUAUCUAUAAAGAAGUCACUCCUAACUAUCCUACUACCUGUCGAUACAUUUAUUUUUGGCAUUGCACAAGUAAUGUCUUCUUUGACUGUUCAUGACGUUAAAAUACUAAAUCCCUGGGAUGUAUUUUAGUGGAUUUUAGUCUCUGAUGCAUGAUUUUUUUAUUAUUAAUUGUUUUGGCUUUUAACUAGCUGUCAGUAACUGCGAGUACUCUCAAAUCGUACUUUCUUUUUAAUUUGACCUGUUGAUACUAUUUGUAAUGCUUUUUUGUUAUUUAAUGUUAACAUGGAUCUUGUCUAUAUACCAGCUUUGAUUAUUUGGUAUUUAAUUACUACAAAUUUUCACUUCUUCGUACUAUGAACAUCAAAAUUAUUUCAUUUUUCCUUAGAUGCUGUUCUUGGACCUGUACAGGAAGUUUUAUUUAGCACUAAUUGUAUAUUUUUAUUGUUGAUAUUCACCCCAUAUGUACCAAGUGUUAGAUUAGUUUUAUUGAUAUUAAAGAAAUUUCUUGGUAUUCCUAAACGGAAGAUUUUAAACACACAGAAGAAGAAGUAUACUUAACAACAAAAUUAUUUUCAUUUACCUGUGUAUAAUAUGACGCAGGUUUCUUCAAAAGUGAUGAUUUUCUAUAAAUUGUUUGAAAUUUCACAGUGAUAUCAUACUUUAACUUUGUUUAAACCUGUUUAUUUACUUUUGACUUUAAUUAUUUAUCACUUGUAAUUUUUUAUUAACUGUGUAUUUGCAUUCAGGUGUCACAGGUCAAAUUUAUUCGUUCAUUGUGUGUUAAUUUACGUUUUUUGAUUGAGUUAAGCCUUCCAAUUGAUAUUUUAAAGUGUGUUUUUCUAUGUUGUGAUGUUAUACUAUUGGUUCAGAAAAGGGAGAAGGUUUGGUACCAUUAAAACGUUUAAUCCCGCUGCAAAUGUUUGCACAUGUCCUAAGUCAGGAAUCUGAUUAUAGUAGUUGUCGUCUGUUUAUGUAGUUCAUACGUGUUUCUCGUUUCUCGUUUUUAUAUAGAUUAGACCGUUGGUUUUUCCGUUUGAAUGUUUUAACACUAGUAAUUUUUUGGGGCCCUUUAUAGCUUGCUGUUCGGUGUGAGCCAAUGCUCCGUGUUGAAGGCCGUACCUUGACCUAUAAUGGUUUCUUUUAUAAAUUGUAACUUGGAUGGAGAGUUGUCUCAUUGGCACUCAUACCACAUCUUCCUAUAUCUAUGUAUUUAAAGGGUCGAAUAUAAGCAGACAAGUCUUAAUACAAAAUAACUGGAUACAGACAUGAAUGUAAUGGUCUACAUACGUCUUCCAAAAUUGUUUUCAUAUUUUGGCAAACUGGAGGUUUUAUAGUGAUAUAUAUGGAACUUGGCAACAAUACGAUGAAAUAAUGUUGGUAUCAACUACGUUGUAUUGUAGACAGGGUUUCCACUGGCGGCCGUUUUUGCGGAACAAUUGAUAUUAAGAUAAAUUAAGGGUAAAUUUAUAGGAAUUAUACAAGGGGAAAACUUUAACUGUAAAAUCAUGAUGUCAUUGAACUCGCAAUCUAGAUACAACAUAAUUAAAAAAAAAAAAUCAGUAAAAUCUAUUAGAAUAAAUGAUAUGAGAAAAUUUCACUUUUCAUCAAAUUCUGUAGUUUAAUGAUAUGAUGAUAUCGGAUAUGUUCCUUAUGUCGUAACUACAAUACCCUUCCCUUUUCACGAAUGUGACCUACCGAAUUAUACUAUUUACCGGAUUUGUAAUAACAUAAGCAACACGACGGGUGCCACAUGUGGAGCAGGAUCUGCUCACCCUUCCGGAGCACCUGAGAUCACCCCCAGUUUUUGGUGGGGUUCGUGUUGCUUAGUCUUUAGUUGUCUAUGUUGUGUCAUCUGUACUAUUAUUUGUCUAUUUGUCUUUAUAUUUUUGGCCAUGGCGUUGUCAGUUUGUUUUCGAUCUAUGAGUUUGACUGUCUCUCUGGUAUCUCCCCCCCCCCCGAUGAUCACCUCCAAGAGUAGCUCCGUCAACUGGCCAAGUCAACUUUACUUUCAAAUCAUUGUAGGAUUAUUGUACCUUUAUUCAGAAGUUACACCGGUCGAUGUUAUGCAAAAAAAAAAAAGAAAAAAAAAGGUGGCAAAAUUUUAUCAGAUGCAGAAUUUACUUAAAGCAUCAUUAUGCAUUCAAAGCAAACAGUAAUGCACUUCAAAACUAAAACAAAAUCCCUAAAAAAUUCAGAACAAUAUUUAUGGGGAUACCUUUUAAAGUUUUAUUUACUACGAAAUAGCACUCAAUCAAUUGAAUGAGAAAGUGCAGUAGUAGUGUUUCAAAAAGAUUAAAAAAAUAUGCGUCAUACGAAAAUUAAGUGGGUUCCUAACAGAAUUUAUUCGAUUCUCAUAGGUCUUUUUUAAAAUUUUGUUUUUAUGGUUAAUGUUAUUUGCAGAAUAUUAGCUAACCUUACAUUAAAUAUUUUCUGCUUCAUGUGGCUGUUAUUUUUCAUUGAAACAUUAGUUAUGCCUUUAAUGUAAUGGUCAGUGCAUGAUAUGAUUGGACGCUAAAUAUACGUGAAUUGUUCACAUUCCCAUAUCCGAACCUAAUUUAAAUCUGAUCAUGACUUUAGUGUAUUUCUUUUUUCGAUCACUGAUUGUCAUGUAGUUGUAAGAAUUAACACA